AUGAAUCUAUUUACUAUCUUCUCGGUGCUGUUAGCCUCGAUUGCCGAAAUCAAUCUCAUCUACGCUAAAGUGUGCACUUCAAGGGACCUGAGCGUUUUUAAUGAAGUGAGUAGCCAAGUGAGCAAAUGCUUUCAAGACAGCAAGGUGACGUUUCUUGUUCCUCCUCGAAAGAGCUUAACAAAAAGCCAGCAGUCUGCUUUGUGCAAGUCUAAAGCAUGUCAAGAGAUGAUCGGAUCCAUGGACGAUUUGGAUAUUCCGAAUUGCGAGGCGACUUUCGAUCUGAAAAACAUGACGCUACAAUCGAGUCUUGAUAAGUUUGUGGCGGCUUGUGAUACCACGACGUCAACUCCAAUGCCGAUCAAGCGCCGCAAAUCGCUUGAAUCGUCGUCGUCUAGCGAUUCAGGCUCGUUUUCUAAAGACCGCCGCUACAGCAAUGGUGCAGCUGCAGCUCAAUUUGAAUUGCUGCCGCAACUAUCUGUGCUUGUUGCUAUCGCCAUGAUAUCGCUGGGGCUUUUGCUUCCUUGA